AUGGGUCAUGCCGAAUUGCAGCCAGAAGAUAUAGAUGAAUCUAUAUCAGCCUUAAGAGGAGCCAUCAGGCGCACCUGGUAUGCCUUUUGUGAUACCACCAGUAUACAUGGUUUGAAGUAUACCAAAGAUAAGGAAACUAAUAAAUAUAUAAGAUUCAUAUGGAUGUUAAUAACCUUGCUGAUGUUUAUAUGUGCUGUUGUUAUGGUGGUUACCUUUUAUGUGGACUAUCGCAGUAAUCCCACACGCAUGAAUGUGGAAAAUGAUCAUGCUCCCAUUUCAAGUCUAAUAUUUCCUCCCACCACCAUUUGUCCGGAAGUCAUGUAUAAUAUGCAGAAAUCUAAAGAGUUCUUGGAAACUUUAAUUUUACCCAACUUCACUUCAGUCCCCGAUAUUUUAGAUCUUUUGGAUGCUAAUUAUGGUUUUUUGUACGAUGGCGUUAAGUAUUCCCCAAAAGAACUGAAUUUGUUCGAGGAAGUAUUGGUUUUGAAUAAUUUAAGUAUUUUGCAGUUUGUGCAAAAGUUUAGUUGGAGUUGCAGUGAUUUAAUGUUUAAAUGUCGUUAUAAGGAUGAAAUUGUACCCUGUGGAGAGUUAUUUCAAAUUGCUCAUACGUUUAGUGGUUAUUGUUGUUCGUUUAAUUUAAAUCAAUCCGUUCUAAACUUCACCAAUCGUUUUGCCCACUCGGGACUGCGCAAUGGUCUCUCGCUGAUGCUCUACUACAACGAUAGCAUCUUCGAUCGCCUGCAUUCCUAUUCACAUGGUUUCAAGGUAUUGAUACAGGAAACGAAUGCCUUUCCCAGUGCUCAUUCUAUUAUUAAAUUUGUACCCCUUAACGAAGAAGUCUUCAUGACGGUACGACCCACACAAACUUUUUGCUCGCAAGCUGUUAAAAAUCUCGCUUUUGAAAAUCGGCAAUGCGUCUUUCCCUACGAAAGACAUUUGGCAUUCUUUCGUUCGUAUGUUGGGGCCAAUUGUGAGCUGAAUUGUCGCGUUGAAUUAAUGUUGCAAUUGUGCGGUUGUUAUACAUAUUUUUUCUUUAGCAGCAAGACCGAUGAUCGUGUAUGUUCGUAUAAGGAUAUUCCAUGUUUGGUGGAUAACUUUGCUGCUGUUAUUGGACGUUAUAAAAAAACUCAGUGUGCCUGUUAUAGAAGCUGUGAGAAAAUUGAAUAUGAUGUUCAAGUUACCAGUGCUCCAUUGCAAUUGAAUACUCCCACCAUAGAUACAUUUUAUGAUGGCAUUAAAAAGGACUAUAGUGUGGUUCACAUCUAUAUGAAUUCUCAAGUUUAUCGCCGUGUACGUCAUGAUCUUUUAUCCAAUACGGUGACCUUGGUUUCUAAUUUAGGCAGUGCUUUUAGUUUAUUUGUGGGCAUGAGCAUGGUUUCGGCUGUAGAAAUCAUUUAUUAUUUUUCGAUUAUCUUGAACAAAUACUAUCAACAGGAAUGUAGGGCUAGAGCCAUAAUAUUUGAGCAGAAAAUCCAAAGAGAUGCUGAAAAGAACAUUAAGGAGGAACUGGAGGCAACUGAAAAGGUUGAUAGGGAUGAUGCAGUAAAGGUUGAGGAUGUGGAAAAUUAA